UGGUUAUACCCCGGUUAUACCCUUUUUUUGCCUCAGCUUGCUGACAUACGAUUUUAGCUCAUCACGCUUGCCGACAGCUGAACGCUGGAAACCUCCUUGUUCAUGUCCACGUGCUUUACAACCUGGCUUAUCCGAUCUCCCCCUCGACACCAAGUGCACUCUCCCCUCUCCGUACUCUUGCACUACACCAUGUCGUCUUCUCCCAACUUAGCGUUUUUUCACGGUUCGUGGCCAUUAAUUUUCCUAACCAAUGACGGGGUUUCCAAUUACCAUCUCACCAAAGAAACGAUAGCUCACGGCCUGUAUGACUUCUCAUUGACGAUCAACGAUCAACGGAUUUUGCUCUUACGCCACAUUCUCUGUGCUCAUUGCUAUUCCAGCUGUCUAGAUGCGUGUGUUGCUCACCGCUCUCAAUAUCCUUCGCGUGAUCUCUUUUGCCGCGCUCUGUUUGAGUACCUCCUGUCUUCUCAUGCUUCGCACGCUCUUCGUUACUCCGUGUGCAUCGCUCUUUAUGCUAUCGACCCUAAUCAAUCGCUCCCCUCUUUCGAUGCCUGCCGUGAGUUUUUGCUAGGUUUCAAUAACAUCCACCAACAAUUCCCCAAUUUCACGCUGGCGUUAUCUGAUAAGUCCGCGGAAGAUACUUUUAGAGGACCUCUUGCACAGAUCGCGAAAACUGCUACGGAAUAGCGGGAAUAUUCCUCGCGUUCGAUCUUUCUCCCUGAGACAUGAUGGAUACUGAAUGUCAUGGGCAUAUUUCCGAUCUGGUCUGCGUGGGGUUCGGCCCCGCCGCCCUGGCCCUUGCAAUAGCUUUCCUUGAAAAGAAACGCGCAUAUAUCGUAUGUGAAGUGCGCUCUUACACAUCAUACACACUCCAAAGUCCAAGCAUUAGGCACGAGGAAAACCACUACCCCUAGAUACCAUAACAUUCAUAGAAAAAAGCUCGUCAUUUCAGUGGCAUCCGGGCAUGCUCCUGCCAGGCGCAAGCAUGCAAAUCAGGCGAGUCUUGUGAACCUUUUUCUCCUUUCAUGGCGAAAUUUACAGACCACAGCUU